AUGACAAUUGCUGCUAGUAAUCGUCUUAAAGACAUAGAAAUCGCCAACAUUUCGCGAAUGACUGAAACUGAAAUAGCACGACGCAAUCGUUUGAACGAAAUCGCAAUUGCUGAACAAAGCCGGCAGAAAGAUCGUGACCUUGCUAUUGAUCAACAGCAUCAAAACAUUCUUGCUGAAUAUCAAGCUUUUCUUGCAAAGUUACUUACAGAUAGUAUUAUUAAUUUAAACAACAGACCCUCGGCAAAGUUAGCUGCACACAUUAUGACACUCACUGCAUUAGAUCAAUUGGAUAAGAAACGUAAAAGUAUUCUUAUUUGA